AGUCCCACAAAUGGGGUGACUGCUACAAAUUUAUGUUCUCUAAACAACCUUUGUUGAGAAUAAACCCCUCGACUCAAAUUUGUGGCCCGGUCCUACACCCCUGUACUAUCAAAAUGAAAGAUUCACGGCUUUCACAAACAGCCUCGACUUAACCUGAACUGGACUGGAGCUUGGAGCUGAACUCAAGUUGACCAAAUACUGUUUGGUCUUUCUAGAUUCUACAGCCAUCUGUCCCUGCCUGCCUUGUACAGUCCUGGUUUCUGAGUUGGUUAGCAGGACAGAGGGAUUACACACUUUGCUGGAGACAAUACACGGACUUCGACAGCAGCCAUGGUGGACGCAGCAGCAGCAGAGCAGUUCCUGGAUGCCAACCCACAGUUCGCCAAGCAAUACUAUGACAACAACUUCCGGCCUAAGGUCGUCUCAGACCUGCUGGACAACAACCGGAAGACCGCGGUGGAUGUCAGCAAGUUUCAUGAACUGACGUCGGUGGAGGAGAGCGAGAUCCUUUUCGACCUGAUACGGGACAUCCAGGACAACCUGCAGAUGGAGAAGUGUGUCUUCAACCUCAUGAGACACCUCAGCUUCAUGAUGAGGGCCGACCGCAUGAGCCUGUUCAUGUACCGCCAGAGGAACGGUGUGGCCGAGCUGGCAACCAGGUUAUUUAACGUCCAUAAAGAUGCAACAUAUGAUGAAUGUCUGGUGCAGCCCGACAGUGAGAUUGUGUACCCGUUGGAUAUGGGCAUUGUGGGCCACGUGGCGUCUACCAAGAAGAUGGUCAACAUUCCAAAUGUGUCAGAGAGCGCUCAUUUCAGUGACUUUGUGGACGAACUGACGGAGUAUAAGACCAAGAAUGUCCUCGCCAUACCUAUCAUGAACGGUAAAGAUAUGGUGGCCGUUAUGAUGGCCAUCAACAAGUUGGACGAGCCGCACUUCUCUGCCAAGGAUGAGGAGACCCUGAACAAGUACCUGAACUUUGCUAACCUGGUCCUGAGAGUUUUCCACCUGAGCUACCUGCACAACUGUGAGACCAGGAGGGGACAGGUUCUGCUGUGGUCGGCCAGCAAAGUGUUUGAAGAGCUGACAGACAUAGAGAGGCAGUUCCACAAGGCCUUGUACACAGUCAGAGCUUUCCUCAACUGUGACCGCUACUCUGUGGGUCUGCUGGACAUGACCAAGACAAAGGAGUUCUUUGAUCUGUGGCCCGUUCUGAUGGGAGAAGUUCCACCGUAUGAUGGACCCAAAACACCUGAUGGCAGGGAAAUCGUCUUCUACAAGAUCAUCGACUACAUUCUUCACGGCAAAGAGGACAUCAAAGUCAUACCGACUCCUCCUGCAGAUCACUGGGCGCUGAUCAGCGGUUUGCCGACCUAUGUAGCAGAGAGCGGACUGAUCUGUAACAUCAUGAACGCUGGUGAGGAUGAAUUUUUCCAAUUCCAGAAAGAGCCUCUGGACGACUCCGGCUGGACCAUUAAGAACGUCUUGUCUAUGCCAAUUGUCAACAAGAAAGAAGAGAUAGUGGGUGUGGCCACGUUCUAUAACAGGAAGGAUGGGAAACCCUUUGAUGAAAUGGACGAGACACUGAUGGAGUCUCUGACCCAGUUCCUGGGCUGGUCGGUGCUGAACACUGACACUUACGACAAGAUGAACAAGCUGGAGAACAGGAAGGACAUCUUCCAGGACAUGGUGAUGUACCACGUCAAGUGUCGCAAGGAUGAGAUCCAGAACAUUCUGAACACCAGAGAGAGAUGGGGAAAGGAACCGGAUGAGUGUGAGGAGGAGGAGCUCCAAGAGAUUCUGUCAGAAGUUUUGCCGGACGCCAGGAAAUCUGAGAUCUUAGAGUUUCACUUCUGCGACUUUGAACACAGUGAAAUGGACCUGGUGAAGUGCGGCAUCAGGAUGUACUAUGAACUGAAAGUGGUGGACAAGUUUCACGUUCCCAGAGAGGCCCUGGUGAGGUUCGUCUACUCACUCAGUAAAGGCUACAGAAGGAUCACCUACCACAACUGGAGACACGGAUUCAACGUCGGACAGACCAUGUUCACCCUGCUUAUGACAGGUGAUCUGAAGCGCUACUACACAGACCUGGAGUGUAUGGCCAUGGUGACCGCCGGCUUGUGUCACGAUAUCGACCACAGAGGAACCAACAACCUCUACCAGAUGAAGUCUGGUAAUCCUCUGGCAAAGCUUCAUGGCUCUUCAAUCCUGGAAAGACACCAUCUGGAGUUUGGCAAGACUCUGCUGAGAGAUGAAUCGCUGAACAUUUACCAGAAUCUGAACCGUCGUCAGCACGACCUCGUCAUCCACCUCAUGGACAUCGCCAUCAUCGCCACUGACCUGGCUCUCUACUUCAAGAAGAGGACGAUGUUCCAGAAGAUCGUGGACCAGUCCAAGACCUACGAGAACUGGAAUGACUGGACCAAGUACAUGAUGCUGGAGACCACGCGCAAAGAGAUUGUCAUGGCCAUGAUGAUGACCGCUUGUGACCUCUCUGCCAUCGCCAAACCAUGGGAGGUCCAGAGUAAGGUGGCGCUGUCUGUAGCAGCUGAGUUCUGGGAGCAGGGAGACCUGGAGAGGACAGUCCUGGAGCAACAGCCCAUUCCCAUGAUGGACAGAAACAAAGCAGAUGACCUACCGAAGCUGCAGUGUGGUUUCAUCGACUUUGUCUGCGCUUUCGUGUACAAGGAGUUCAGUCGUUUCCACGUGGAGAUCACCCCCAUGCUGGACCGCCUGUUGAACAACAGGAAGGAGUGGAACGCUCUGAAGGAGGUGCACGACGCCAAACUGGCUGCUAUCGAGGAGGCCAAGAAAGCCAAGGAGGAGGAAGCUGAGAAAGCUGCGGCCGCCAGACAAGGGAGUGCAGCUCAGUCACAGUCAAAGACGUGUUCUCUCAGCUAGAGAUGCAGCAGCAGGACCAGCUUGCUCGCUUACAAUGGUUGUGGUCCAGCGCUGGGUUUUCCUCAAAAAGAUCCUUCCUUCCUUUUUCAGUGUGAUGUUUGAUGUCACACUUAAAAGAUCCAGUUUAAUGAGAGUGCAUCUCUCACUUCAGAAUACCACAUAUAUUAUAUUGUCUCUUACGGCUGCAUUUAUUGAAAUCUGUUUUACUUUUUCCUGUGCUGCUUUCUUUCUUUCUUCACCGCUUCUCUCUGUUCAUCUUUUUACAUUUUAUUCAUGACUGAACUUGAUGAUUUGUUCAGGGGUUUGUGUGAGGCUCCAACAUUUGACAUUUAGAGUCAUUUUGAUGAUUAGGGUUGACACGGUUCGUUGCGUUUAGCAAGAUUUAAUGUCUGAGAAUCAAACCCAGAAGGCAAACAAUAAUAAAACAUGUGCAUUGUUAUCAGGAUAAUGUUAAUUUGGAAGCUUAUUGCAUUGGUUUUCAUUUUCAAAGCACCAACAAAAGUUUUCAAAAAUGUCACUGCAUACAAAUCAUUACCGUGCAAAACUAUAUAUUUAAAGAUAUUUAGCUGACUAAAUGUUUACUGUAAUGUGUUCUUCCUGAUGUCGAGGAAGGAGUUUAGUCUUUUGAAAGCUGAUUGUUUGCCCUGUUCUGACAUUAACUGAAACCAGCAGCUGCCUGGAAAGGUAUCAUUUUGAAAAUGUUGACCUGAAAGGCUCCAUUAACAGUCUAUGACGGGCUUUUUGUUCUUUUUAAAAGUAGCUAUGAUGACAGCUGGUGGUUAGUUAAUGUUAAAAGUGAAAAGUAACAAAACAAUAAUGUAUAAAAUAUUUAUAUAAUAUGUUUUGCUUGUGAAAUUAACCUCCAAAGGGCAUAUGAAAUCAUCUGAUAAGAACAAAUAAGAUUAAAAACAGAUUUGAACAAAAAACAAUGAAAAAAAAAAAGAGAGAAACAUUUAUCAUCUAUAUGUAUAAGAUAUAAUUUUAAAUUUGUGAACUUUGUGAUGUAGGUUUGGAACCAAACAGAGCUUUUGGUUUAACUCCUGGUGGGUCCUAACAUGGCAAGAAUAUGUUUGCAGGACCUUCAGUGUGAAGUUGUGAGGUUUUCUCACUUGUACCCCUUGUUGAAAAAGAUAUUUUGCAUAUUAUCCUGUGUAGCUGUAGCUGCUGAUGCUUUUUGACUUCUAUAAGAGAAGGAGACGGCUGGUGCAGUGAAACAUGAAACCCUGGUGUCUGUAUACCAACAAUCAACACUUAUUUUAUAUAUUUUGUUUGGGUCUCAUGAUAUCAGUUGUGUGGUUCAGUUCUGUUACAUUUAUGUCUGUAUGAACAACUGUGGGAUGAGAACUUGACUGGUGAAAUACCAGCCCGGUCUCUUCAAUCUGCAUACAAAUAACUCAACUUUAUACUUUAAGAUUGCAUGCAGUGCAUACACCAAAGUCCAAUUUUGCAUGCAGGUGAUAGGCUAAUCCUUCUCAGGGAAGUGACAUCAAUAUAAUGCGAAUUUCUUUUAUUUUAUAAGAUGAUUUUUAGGCUUGUUAGGAGGUAGAUGAUUUGUUGGUGAAAAGCAGUAGGAGAGCACUGUUCAAGACCGCAAACUGGAUAUCUUUAGCAUCACAUUGGGACAUUUUCACAGCGUUUUACUGUUUUAACCCAAAUCUUGACCUUUCUCUAACCCUAACCAAGCGGUGAGACGUGAAAAGGUUAAAAAUGCAGCGAUAAAUACGUGUUGCACCUGCACACAAAACUGGACUUUGGAAUUGAAAGUGUAAAGUUAUUUGUACACAGAUUGUGAGACCGGGUCGGUACAUGUAUGCCGCAGAUACCGAGGAAGAUUUGUAUAGUGCUAUUCAGUCAAUGGUCAUCGGCUGCUUAUUAUUUGUUGUACAGCGUUGACUUUGGUGUAUACUCUAUACCAAAGUAAAUUUUAUCACAACAUUGCUUCAUUUUGCAGAGAUUAGUAAAUAUGU